UAACGGAUACGUUUUGAGUGCUUAAUAAGAUGCUCUUCUUUUCCGUUCUCCAGCUGUUUGUUGAUGUGUAUUUGGUUCCUGCGUCUAUAUCUUCACCAGGCAGCGGCGGCUGUGUCCUGUGACACGCAUAAUUGUUCACAUUUAUCUUCGUUUAAGAGGGUGAGCUACACACAGCAUGGACACGACUCGAGGAAACAAGGAGAUGGUUCUCCUGGCAGGAAAUUCCCACCCAGAACUUGCUCAACUAAUAGCUAGUCGUCUGGGAAAGCCUUUUGGUAACGUUUCUGCAUACCACAGCAGCAACCAAGAAACAAUGGUGGAAAUCGGGGACUCCGUCAGGGGACGAGAUGUGUUUAUUCUACAGACUGGUACAAACCGGCUAGAGGUACCUGUAGGGCGAGCUGAGGUGAAGGAAAUGGCCAACCGAGAGACUAGUGUUGAGAUCAUGGAGUCAGUGAGAGAGAAGAGCGUUUACCUCAUUCAGACAGCUGACCCCAAGGAUGUAAACAACAAUAUAAUGGAGCUGCUCAUUAUGGCAUACGCUUGUAAGACAUCAUCAGCGCGUAAUAUUGUGGGCGUCAUUCCCUACCUUCCAUACUGCAAGCAGAGCAAGAUGAGGAAGAGGGGAUGCAUCGUGUCAAAGCUGCUAGCCAAGAUGAUGUACAAGGCUGGUCUGACACACAUCAUCACAAUGGACCUGCACCAGAAGGAAAUUCAAGGAUUCUUUGAGUGCCCGGUGGAUAACCUGCGAGCCUCACCCUUCCUCCUGCAGUACAUUCAAGAGAGUAUUCCCGACUACCGCAAUGCUGUCAUAGUGGCACGUGAUCCAGGUUCCGCCAAGAAGGCCACGUCCUACGCUGAACGUUUAAGAUUAGGAAAUGGAAUUGCAGUCAUCCACGGGGAGCAGAAGACCAACGAGGAUGAGCAGGCUGAUGGCCGUAAUUCCCCGCCACUAGUGGAGCACUCACGUAUCAUGGACGUGGGUGUCGGAGUGCCUGCCUUAGCUGCCAAGGAAAAGCCUCCAAUUAAUGUGGUCGGGGAUGUGGGAGGCCGCAUUGCUAUCAUGGUGGAUGACAUGAUUGAUGAUGUUGCAUCCUUUGUAGCAGCAGCAGAGGUAUUGAAAGACCGAGGAGCAUACAAAAUAUAUGUAAUGGCUACACAUGGUUUGCUUUCAUCUGAUGCCCCAAGGCUCAUUGAUGAUUCCCCCAUUGAUGAGGUGGUUGUGACCAACACGGUGCCCCAUGAAAUUCAGAAGAUGCAGUGUCAUAAGAUCAAGACGGUGGACAUUAGCAUUCUCUUGGCAGAGUCUAUCCGUCGCAUCCACAACAAUGAGAGCAUGAGUUACCUCUUCCGCAAUGUUACGCUCGAAGAUUAACAUGCCACAUAACUGUUAACAUGCCGCAUAACUGUUGAAUAUUGUUCCAUUACAUACACAAAAUCACACACACACGUGUAUAUAUACAUACAUAUAUAUGCAUGCAGGCAUGUACACAUAAACAAAUAUUGUAUGCUCUAUUAGCCAAAUAUAUUAAUUGUUCUUGUAAUGUAAAAAAUAUUGACAUUUUCUAUAUACUGUACUGUUUAACCAAUUGCAGGGACAAAGUGAGAUAAUUACAAGAAUUGAAUUUAAUAUUUUCUUGUAAAUGUACUUUGUCUUUUGAGUGUUUUACUGGGUUUUUGGACAUUCUUGAAAGCAAGGAUGACACAGUACUGUAAUUGUGUCUGGUGUUUAAGAACACAGAUCUUAAAUACUGAGUGUUGGUAUGUCUCUGAUUUAAGUCAAGCAAUUAACCCAGUAAUUUAUAACGCUAAACUGUUCUUAUUGCAACAGAAUGCAUUCUUCCGAGAUUCCUAGUACUGUCCUACUUCCUGCACUGCUUUGGCCGGGUGGCAUCAGUCACCCUUGCACAUGCAAUGAUGCCACAGUCUUAGUUUGGAACGUAAUAAUUCAGAUUUUUGUUUUCGUUAACUAAAUUCUCAUCCAACUUUUUAUUUUUUAUUAUUGAGAAGCAAUUUUUUCAUUGUUAUUUAAUCUAAUUUAAUUUUGUAUCUUUGUAUUUAAUUGAGAUGUGCAUCCUGUGGUGUUAACUUGUGGUAGUGUAGAUGUUUGUUCUUUAAUGAUAAAAGCAUAUUAGUUUUGUCAUUGGCUCAACAUAUUUGUUGUCUUGAAGACUAGUGCAUAUAUCAUAUAAUUUUUUGGUUUCAUUGCAAUGCAGAAUUACAAUAAAGGUCUUAUAUUUUUCUCCACAUAAGCACACAUUCAUAUUUAUUUAUAGCCAAGCAUUCAGUCUUAAAUUGAUUGGGGGUUAUGCCCAUUUGCAAAGAUUAUUGGUAAGUAUGGGUAAUGUCUUACUGCAGACAUAACAUACGACAAAAAAAAAACACGCUUAUGUAUUGAUGUAUUUUAUGUAAAGGUUUGAACUACAACUAGUCUUUUGCACUCUACUGAGUGUAUUAUUAAGGUCUGAGUACAGUAUAUGGUUAGGACGAGACUUGCAUGUCUCGUCCAAACCGUAUAUUCAGACCUUGAUAAUGCACUCUGGAGAGGUGUGAAAGACUUGGUGUAGUUCAAAUCGUGACAUAAAUAUACAGGUGUGAGUGUUUUCAUUCAUUAUUAUUGGUUCUAUAUACUGUACCUGUAAACCUCCACUAUGCGAGGCAAACUUGGCAUGUUAUUUUGUUUACUAAAUACUGUACAGUAGUGAAUUUGUAAUGUGCUACAUUUGAUAUGAUUUAUUUGUUAAAUUACAUAAAUAGGAAAGUUAUUACUUUAGUGUGUUACGUUCGUUAAAUUACAUAAAUGGGAAAGUUAUUACUUUAGUCUGUUAAUAUACUUUCAAAGUGUUGAUCAUUAUACAUAUACAGUAUCAUUAUUGGGUACAGAAAGUCUGUUAGGCUAAUGGAGGUCCCCUUAGUCAAGCACGAAGCUGUUGUCAUAGUCACUCAUCUAAUUACUGGACGGACUUCAUAAUGGCUUCACCCAACUUACCAGUUGUCGUGCAUAGUAGAAAUAGAACAUGUUCUACCAACUGGAUUACAGCUGUACAACCAGAUCCCCUAUUACUGAUGGGUGACCAUGGGUAAACAGUUAAAGGUCUGUGACCAAUUGUUUCUCCCUUUCCAGAAGGAGAAGUUAAACAAAAGAUUUAAACCUCAUAUGAUUGGAAGACAGGGCUAAGGGAGUCAUGAAUACUGUACAUAAUAUCAAAUUCUUAGGGAAAUUAACAGUUCAAUCAAGGACAACUUAUUUGGGAUGGGUGGUUCAUGGACAAAGGUGGGGGGGGAAAUUUUAAGUAUCCAAAUGUGCCACAGAGAGAACAAAAAAUUAUAGUGUUUUCAGAUUUGUAUUGCUUGACUAUAUACAUAUGUUGUUUUUACAGAAUACAAAGCUGUACUUCACAAUCAUGUGAGGAAACAAACCAAUUAGAGUUCUCAUUUUAAGUCAUUGUCCAAGUUUAUUCACAUUGCCAGGCCUGCAGCUGAGCCACUGUUUAAAUCAAUAUACCUUGCUCUCCACACUUGGUAUAUUGUGGUGAAGCAUAUACGGUACUGCUAUAAAAUAUAAGGUCCUCCACAUGUGUUCAUGUCACCUCAUGUUAAACCUGGACCACAAACAUGUUUUCUCUGAACCUACACCUUGCUAUCUUAUAUGUAUGUGUGUGCGCAUCACCCAUUUUGAGACCUCACCAUGCUCUCCCUGCCAUCGUAUCUUCUGUGUUUCUUUUUAAGACUUCUUUAUCGUAUCUGAUGGAUUCAAGUAUAUUUUUUAUUUAACAACAAAAUUGAGUUUGCAGGUUUCAUAAAAUUAUUGUUAAUCUUUAGCAAGGAAUCAUUAACUAACUCAUAAUUAACCUUUUAAUAUAAAUCAAGAUUGGUGCAUAUAAUUCAGUAUAAUUUUAAUACAGUAAUUUAUAUCUUAAGGAAAGAUAAAUUUGAUACUAAUUAAAAUAAAAUAAAAAAAAAAUUCUUUAUUUAAUGUAGUUUUUUUUUGUUAAAGUUUGAAGUGACUGUAGAUUAAUUUUAUGGUAUACUGUAUUUAAAAUGUAAGAUUUGGGUAAAAAAUACACUACCACUAAUAUAAAUCAUAUUUUAAAA